UUAAAUCGUCUAUCGAUUGCUCGUGCCUAGCCUGCAGGGUGAAAGUUGAAAGUUCGUCUACAUCUGAAAACAGGAGACACGUGCGAGUUGAAAAGUCACCUGUGCAGCAGUAGCACCAUCUGCAGAGAUGGCGGCCAUCUACUCAGGUAUCCAUCUGAAACUGAAGAGUCCUCAUACUCUCUGGGAGGACAAGUUAAAGCUGGCACGUUUUGCCUGGAUCUCCACUCAGUGCCUGCUCCCCAACAAGGAACAGGUGCUGUUGGAUUGGUGCACCCACGCUCUAACGGGCCGGUACAAUCAGAAGGUGGAGUUUUCUGAGGAUGUUCUUGAAGGACUGUGGUGUUACCUUGACGAUCUUAUUCACAGCAAGAAGCUCCACUCUCUUCUGAAGCAGGGCAAGACCGUCAGCCUGAGGCUCAACAUGGCACAGCUGCUGCUUGACCGUCUCCAGGAAUAUGCACGUGUUGGCUCUAAGUCUCCGGUGUGUGUGUCCACCAUCCUCAGUGUGUGUCAGGGCCUCCUCUCUUCCCCUGUGCUCUCGUCUGUCUUCACCACAAAGUAUGAACUCAUAGUUGAUCUCCUGGCUAAGCUCUGCUCUCUGGCCUGCUGUGAGCUUCAACAGCCAUUGCUCACACAGCCCUUAGUGACAGAAUCUGUCAAAUGUGGGGAUGAAGUGAUGACUGAGAGUCAUCAAAUCGAUUUGGACCAUUCCCAAAUUGAUCCGAUAACUGAAAAUCCUCCUGGUGAGCCUGAGUUAGACGCUAAUAAACCCCCUGCCAAGCCAAAGGAAAAUGUCCGCUCAGCUAAUUUGUUUGAUGUCUUGCUUCAAGUGCUGUCAUGUUAUUUGUCUGUCCAGCGACAACAAGCCAAUCCCAACAGAGUCUCUACCAUGGUAACCAACCAGCUGAUCCAACCUUUAGUAUUACUCCGACACCUGCUGACCUCUGGGGAAUUUGCUGCUGCUCACACACACCUGCGCCUCCGUCAGCAGCUGUCCAGAGACGUCCGCAUCAAGAUUGACUCCAUUCUCCAGUUAGCUCUGUUCCCCUCUGAGCACCUGGCCGCCUACAAGGACGAGCUCCUUCCAUCUAAAGAAGAGUCUGGGAAACGCGGUCCUGGAGGCGCAAAAGGCGGUCCUGGAGGCGCAAAAGGUGGUCCUGGAGGCGCAAAAGGCCCCUUAAAGCCAGUCAGUGCAAUACUCUCCAAACUGAGUGCUCCAGGAUACUGUGAGCCGGCCCUCCACUACACUGUGAAGUCCAACACAAUGUCUCUGCUGUUUAAGUUCUUUGUGGAAAGCUACGGAAAAGGGAGAGGAGAAAGUGAGGAAACACACAGGAUGCUGUGUUUUUAUUUCCUCACCAGAUUGGUCCCAACCUUGGAUAUGCAUCUCGAUGAAAACUCCCCUGCCAAAGCAGACCAGCCAGUUCCUGUUACCCCGGGGCAGAAGUCUCCCCCAUCCUCCCCCUGUCCCCCAGAGAGCUGGAGCCUGUGUCUGCUGGCGGUGGAGUCCCUGCUGAACCAGACUCUGUCAGCUGAUAUUUACAAUGUAGCAGCAGACCGGAUCAGACAUGCAGAGGUCCAACUCAAGUUUUACAGAGCUCUGGGACAAAUGCUCUUCAACCACGCCCAGCCAAGCAUCCCGGCAUGGUACCGCUGUUUAAAAGCGCUGUUGAGUCUCAACCAUCUGAUUAUUGAACCAGACCUGGACCAGCUGUUAUCUUCAGCCUGGGUUGACUCUGAAUGCAUGGAAGCACGAGUGCAACGGGCCAGACAGCUCCUGGUGUGCAGUCUCCUCCAGACUUACACUAAGCUCCGUCAGCUGCCUCGCUUCUUCUCCGAGCUCUUGACUGUGAUCUGUCAGCCAGCAUCAGACAACCUCCGACCUCCUCUGCUCUCUGAGGGCGCCUCCGCCUCGCUCAGGGCUUGUCUGCUGGACACUCCUUCUUCCCAGGGGCUAGAGAUCUGCUCAUUAGUGUUGGAGAGCAUCAGGACAUACAUACUACCUGACAUGGUGCAGGAGGAAAGAGAGGCAGAGAAGAUGGAGAUUGAUGGUGAAGUAGAUGACAAUGGAGCAAACAAAGAUCAGAGUAGAAAAGAUGCAUCUCAGAAGCUGUUCUCCCUCAGUCAGCUGCUACAUGUCGUUUUGUUUAGUCUGAAGACUCUAGACAAUGCCUCUCCUCUUCCCACAGUCAGGCAGAGUAAGGCUUUGAUUGUGGAGAUGCAACAGGUUGUCAAGGAGCUACUGAAUCUGUUGUCAACAGAAGAAAAAGCUGUAAAAACAAGUUCAGUUCAAAGUACCCCACGGAAACGCAAAAAUAAUUUGGAGCAGAUGUCGGAGUAUAACAUGGGAGCACUGUGGGAACAGAAGACCCUUGAUGCCACUCUGCUUCUCCGAUACACCUUGGUGGAGGUCGACACGCUGUUUGAUAUCCACUGCAGCAAAUACACAGCGCUGACAGCCGCUGCAAGCGAGACUGAAGACCGUGCUCCAGUCCUAACACAGAUAGGAAGUCUCCUCUCUAGUGAGAUUGUUCCGUCUCAUCUGCAGCCGUCCUGCAGCCCCUUGAGCCGUCUGCUGCUCAAACUCCUCACUUUGCAACAGAUGAAAAAAGUUCUCUUAGAUACCCCCUUACUCUCUGAACCCAACACAGCAGCUCUUCUAAACAGCGCGGCACAGUUUAUUUUAGCUAAAUCAGAGUUAGAGUUGAGUCUGGAUGGAGAGCAGGUAUGGGACGGGCAGAUAGCGAGUGUGACCUCCAGCUCUUACCUCGCAGCUCACUGGUAUCUUAUCACAUCCAACUUGCCUCUGAUUGCUCCUUACCUGACCGGAGAAGAUGUGGGUUGUGUGGCUGAUAUGCUUGUUGGUUCACUCCUCAGCAGACAAACCAACGGAGGAAAAGGCUGUCCCCCCGGCUCUCUCAGCGUGUCUCUUGUAUCAUCACAACUUGUCCAAAGCCCCGUUCUUGCCGAGUUGCCUUCCCUGUUCUCUGCUACAGUUUGUUCCCUUUCAGACAGGAUUGUUAGUGUUCUCAAGGCAGCUCAUAUACCCAAGGUUUGUCCUACACUGUUGAAGAUUCAGGAGAAAGGAACUGGAGCUUGUGAGAGACUGCCUCUGUCCACACUUGUGAAUAAAGAGACUAUAGUUGAGGAUAUAUUGGCAUCCUCAAAGGCUGGAGAGGUGUCUGUGUUGCUGACUGACACACAAAGCAAGGAGCUGGUAGACUUACUCCAAAUCUUAACCAAUCUAAACCCAGAUGGGAUGAACUCUGAGGAUAUCUCCUCUGUUUUCCUCCUGCUCUUCUUCAUGCUCACCUCCACCUCCAGUCAGAAAGCCGUGGAGCCUCCUGAAUCUGGAGAUGAAGCUCUCUUCCUGGUGAAGCUGCUCAGGAUUCUCACCUGUUUCCUGGAGGGUAGAAACUUCCCAAGUGUUUUGAAGCUCAUCCACGGUGGGACUCUGCUGCAGGCUUCUGUUUCCUCUCUCCUCUGGCGCAGCAACAAUGGAGCAUUCGGAGUCACAAGCAGCUCUGAUUGGUUGGAUUUAAUCAAAGAAGCACAGGGCUUCAUCAGGGCCUUAGUCCAGUUGAUUAUAAUCAGAAACAGCAGUGUUCGACUCAACCUAGACCAGUUUGCCUCAUAUCUUACCAGUGAGGAGAUGUCAAACAUGAAAAUAGUUGCCCCCAGUUCAACAGCUGUGUCAGGUAAACCAGGAGCGUCCAUUUUGUCUGUUCAUCUCCUGCUGGCAUCGCUGACCUCCUUCUCCCAGGCAAUGACCUCUAACUUGGGGAAGAGUAAAAAAAUGGAUCAAACUCUUACUCAGAUGCUCACAAGAACGACCGCUUCAUUAGGACCGGCUGUUGAGUCCAUCCUAAAACCCCAAACUGUCAGCGAGUCACCCAUCCAACCGGCCAGCGUCCUCGGCCAGGCCUUUGUCGUAGAAGUCGUGACGGUCAUGCUGCACUGCGAGCUGUCCUCACUGUCAGUGGAGGACGAGAACAAGCAGAAACAAAUGAGACACAUGGCUCUCUAUCAGGGCUGCUGCCAGCAGAUCCUCAAAGAAAUCAGUUGUGCCCACAGGCCGUUGGACUUCCUUGUUUCUUCUCUCCAUUUCCUGUCCACUUUCUACAAAGCAGUGGAGAAGACCAGAGGAGAGAGGGGGGAGGAGAAGGAAGGAGAGGAGAAGAAGGAAGGGAAGGAGUUGGACGAGCUGUACAUGCAGAUACUGCAGAAUGUGCACAGACUGCUGACAGCUUCUUGGCUCUCUGCGAGUGAUGUGUGUGAGCUGGAGCCGGCUGUGCAGGAGCUGCUGCGCCACCUGCUGGAGAAAAGCACCACAGGUCGGUUUAACCUGCUGCUGCUGCUGAUCAGAGAGGGGCUGGACACAGGCAAACUGAGGGCAGGAAACUACAGGGAGGUGCUAUCUGCAGUGAUCAUCAUUAAGCUGCUUUCCUGCUGUCCGUUACCUGAGCCCUGCUCUAAAGCGCUGUGGCUCAUUGCACCACAGAUUAUAUCUGCCAUGGUGUUUUUGGUAAAAUCGUCCACGCAGGACAUCUCUCUGACCGUUCCUUUCACGGUUCCCACGGUGACGUCCAUGACAUCACUGCUGCGUCAGGGCGAGGGGCUCCUCACCAACCCUCAUCAUGUCCUCCUCAUUCUCGGGGCGCUGCAGUCGGUGCCCCUCGACCACCUGACCCCGCCCGUCUACCACUCUGUGUUUCUGGCCAUUCAUGAGGCGCUGUUUGCCAUCAUCCAGCGUCAUCCACAGGUGAUGCUGAAUGCCGCUCCGUCCUUCUUGAAUGUCUUCUAUCGUCUGGUGGCAUCCAUCAUGCAGGAGGGACGGCAGCGAGGGGACAGUGACACAGACGGUGACGUGUAUCUCCAGUGCUCCAGAUUAAUAGAGAGGAUGUACUCUCACAUUGCUGCUACAGCCGAGAGCUUCACCACACUGUCGGCCUUCAUGGUGGCUCAGUACGUCACAGACCUGCAGAAGGUUACUCUGCGUCCAGACGUAAAGCUGCAUCUAACGGAGGGGAUCUAUCGGAUACUGGACCUGUGUAUGGAGCGGGAUAUCAAGUUUCUGACGGCCGGGCUGCAGAUGGGAGUCAGAGAGGUUUUCAACGAGCUGUACGGCAGCUACACGCACUACCACAAAGCUCAGAGGCAAGGGGAGGAGAAGUACACUGUGUGAUCUGUACCAUGCAUUCCCAACCACAGAUCAGAUUUCAAUUGAAUUGAAUUGAAUAAAUAAUGGAAAAGCUAUUUUUAUUUGUAAUUUAUGCUUGAGAAUGGAAACAGCUUGUGGAUACCAUGCGAUGUAUUCAGAGUGUAAACAUAGUAGUCAAUAAGAAAGUAGAUUUGUUUUUUCUUUAGAAAUUAGACUCAAUUCUGCAUAUAAACACAAUACAAUAAACAGAUACAGAGGAAAGCAGCCAGCAACUCGCCUGCAAAAAAUGAGUUUACCAGGUUAGUUGUGAAGAAAUCAGAACAAUUAUAAAUUCAUUGUAUUCUUUUUCGCUUGUCCAAUGGAAUUACUGCUAAGAGGACCUAGACUCUGAUGGAGUCAAUACAAAUAAUGGAUUAAAUGCCGUGUUUGGAUUCAAAUUGAAAGAUGGUUUUUAGUGACAAAUGAUUACACAUUCAUUGAAUUAAUGAAGAGAACGUAUACAUUUGUGUUUGAAUUAUUCCUGUUUCUGUUCUGUUUUUUUACUGAAACUUAAUUACUUAAUAGAUACUUUUGAAAACAA